UCACUCACUCCUCACUCACUCACUCACUCACUUACUCUGUGCAUCCGACAGACUGGAGAUUCUGACACGGAGCCACCCCCCCCCCCCCUUCUCCUCUUCCUCCUACUCCUCCUCCUCCUCCACCGCCUCCCUUCUUCCGCUCAUCUCGAAUUGCAUAUAUGAUGCCAGUUCCGCCGCACGUCCUUGCCCACCAAACCUCUUGCGAUACCCAUUCUGCCCUCAUCCUUCUUCAGCCGGUCCACGAGCUGCUGCUACUGCUGCCGCUGCUCGAUACCACACACCGCCACCAUGAACAUCCUUUUCCUUUGCACCGCGCACAACUCGCUGUCGCAGCGACUGUAUUUAGCGCUAUCCAAGUCUCACACCAUCACCAUCGAGUAUGCCCUCUCAGACGAAGCCAUGAUUGAGGCAGCCAGGCUCGCCAAGCCGAAUCUUAUCAUCUGCCCGUUCCUCACCACUCGAGUCCCUAGCGAGGUCUACGAGACCUACCUGACCCUCAUCAUCCACCCCGGCCCCCCCGGCGACGCCGGGCCCAGCGCCUUGGACUGGGUGUUGAUGGGCGACGACGGAACGGAAGCCGACCCCGAGGCCCUCAUCCGGAACGGCACGUGGAGCGAGUUUGGUCGACCGUACUGGGGCGUCACUGUCCUCCAAGCCGUCGAGGAGUUUGAUGCCGGACCGGUAUGGGCCUUCGAGCAGUUUCCUUUACAGAUCGACUCCCCCGAUAUCACAAAGUCGAGUAUCUAUCGUGGUCCCGUCACGCGGGCCGCACUCACAGCCACUCUCGCUGCCAUUGAGAGAAUCCAAACCGCCUCGAUUCAAGCCGCUUCACCCUACACCCCUCCCCCUUCACCCGGCUCUCAAAAGUUCGCCCCGCACCUUGUCACUCCUCUCAUCCAAGCAAAGCCCGCCUACCGCGACGCCUCGGUAACACUGCAGAAAGCCUUCCUUGGCGGGGUAACACGUCACCGUCCUCUGCUCAAGGCCGCUCAACGCGACUUUGACAUCCAGUCACACACGGCUCGCGAAAUAUCCCGAAGGAUUCGGUCGUCCGACUCCCAGCCGGGUUGCCUGACAACCUUGUUCGGCCCAGCCCUAUACGUCUACGGUGGCAUCGUCGAGGAGAGCGACGAGUUCGUCGGCCAGGCACCUCCUGGUGGCAUCGUCGCCUGUCGAGACGACGCCGUCUGCGUCGCGACGUGCGACGAAAAGGCCAUCUGGAUCACCCACGUCCGCCGCAUCAAGAAGAAAACGGACCCGAUGUUGUGGCCCAAGGUGCCGGCUGUCUCGGGUCUGCGGGAGCUGGACAUCCUCGGCGACGACGCCGUCGCGGAGAACCGCACCUCGCGGGCAACCAUCGACUGGUCGCGGGCGCCGCACAAUACCCAACAAGACGUCUGGGUCGACUUCCAGACCUUUGCCGGGGCCAGGCGGGUGGCCUUCCUCUACUUUGACUUCUACAACGGCGCCAUGAGCACGGAGCAAUGCUCCCGCAUGAUUGACGCCCUCGACUUCAUCACAUCCACCCAUGUUGUGGAACGGCCCCUUAGCGCCGUCGUGCUCAUGGGGGGUGACGGCUACUUCAGCAACGGCAUUGCACUGAACGUUAUCGAGGCUGCUGCGGACCCGGCUCUCGAGUCUUGGCACAACAUCAACCGCAUCGACGACGUGGUACACUACCUCCUGCUCGAGCUGCCGUCACGCAACAUCCUCACCGUCGCCGGCAUCAGAGGCAACUGCGCGGCGGGCGGCGUCGCCAUGGCUGCCGCAUGCGACGUUGUCCUUGCUGGGUGCGAGGUCGUCCUCAACCCGGCGUACCGUGCCAUUGGUCUGCACGGCUCCGAAUAUCACUCCUUGUCAUACACUGGAAGAUGCGGUUCAGCUGGGGCCAGCAGGCUGCUGCGUGACAUGACACCACUUUCAACAACCGACGCUCACGCGAUGGGCUUGGUCGACCAUACGGUUCCCGGCUCCGGCGCCCUGCUCGACACCCGCAUGCGGGACCUCGUCAAGUCGUUGCUCUGUUCUGACCAAAAGCUGGCCCCGGGAUACUGGAAGAGCAGUGUCGACGUCACACCCCCUGGUCUGGCGCGCGCACGUGCCGAGGAGCUUGGGGAGAUGUCCAAGGACUUCUGGAGCGCUAGGUCGCAGAGGUAUCACCUUCGCCGCCGAGACUUUGUUCGCAAGAUCAAGGCCGUCAAGACCCCGCUCCGGUUUGCGACACAUCGGCGCAGCGCCGGAGACCUUGAUGAUGAGGAGUCGGAUGACUUUGACGACGUCUUGAGCUUCGAGCGCAAGGCGAGAGCAGCAUUGAUGGCUGAGUUGCUCAAGGAGUACAUGGAGAGCAUGUCAAUGAGCACGCUUCCUCAACGGUCCGACGCCAGUCAUGGGAGCGCCUCACAUCAUUCUAGAAGAGCAAGUGAAAACGUGGGCAAGCGGGACUUGAGGCCCAUCUUUUCAUGUUACUACGAUGUCACAGCAACAUGAAAGGGAGCGCCCGGCUGUUGACAAAGGGCUUAUUACGACACAGACAACACUCAUUCAGAACUUCACCAUUUCGCUGCUCUGGGAACCCAAAUCUCGCAUUAUAAUACUUUUAUGUGACGGCCAACGGGGGUUUGGUCAACUUUUUCGCUUAGAAAUAAUACCAAUCAUACCAAGUUCAUGACUACUCCAACUUCUCGCAACGUAUCACAUUUACUCUUAGUCGUGAUACUCCCGCAGGAUGGGGGAGGGGUUAAGGCCAGGUCUUGGACACCCUCUCACGCCUUGUCUCAUCAUUUCUCG